AUGGCGUCCAAACUUCUGGGACACCCUGCACUGCCCAGACCUAUGUUGUAUCAACAUGAAAUUGACACAUUGACACAUCUAACUUACGCAGAUUGUUUUGGCUGUUUCUUCUCAUCGAGCCAAGCGCCAUCCACGAAUGAUCGAAAUUUGGCGAGUGUGAACUGUGGUCCGACGAAUGUCCCGGAGUAUAAAAAUGUGAAAGCGGCGAUUUCAAGCAGCCCUGGCACCUUCUUUAUAGCCUCAGCUUUCUGAUCUUUUUUGAGCUUAUCGUAG